UCUAUAGGGCUGUAUUCACUUCUCACCAAAUUUACAGUGCUUGUCCUCUGUGUUCCCACUACCAGUAUGCAUCUUGCACGUCAAUGCAGUGUCAAGUGUUGUCUCACUGCGUCAAGUUUCAACCUACUCAAGCCACAACCAUGGCAUUGCCAGAAGCCUCGUGUAGGCUGGGUCAAGCACCACUCACACCACGACAAGUUCUCCAAAACAUCUUCGCAGUCUCUGUACUAAUAUCAAC